CACGUCACAAAGAACUUGAAUUACUUGCGUGUUUCGCUUCUUUCCUAUCUUCCAGUCGCUCCUUACCCAUCACAUUCACCCACCAUGUCGUCGUCCGAGCAAACCGAGGCGUUCCCGCCGCUUGUCAAACCCAGUAUGCUACGCCAAUCUAGCUACACCACCGGUACGCGACGCAGGAAGAGCUCGAGCUUGGGUGGAGACCCGCGAGGAGACACCGGAGGUCUGGCAUUGGCAACAACGGAUAUGUCACAAUCGCAUCUAUCGCGAGGAGACUCCAUGAGCGGGAAGCACGGCAAAGCCUCAAAGCGCAAGAAAGCAAAGGGCCUAUUCAAUAAAUGGAAGCGGAUGUCGCUCAGGCACACUUGGAUAAAUCCUUUAGUCCUGGCUCUGAUCAUUCUCGGCGCAUAUUUCGCGAAUCCUGGCGAACACAACCCGUUGCGAUCUGCCAUCUUCCUGUCUUAUGCGAAUCCGGCGUUAGAAGAGCGGACAAAUACGAUCCCAGCACACGUUGGAAAUCCUGUGCAGUAUGGCAAGGGCAAGAAAGAUUUGGCUUUCGUGGCUUUCUACACCAUUGUUUUCUCGUUCACUCGAGAAUUCCUGAUGCAACGCAUGAUCCGCCCAAUUGCGAUAUGGUGCGGGAUACGGAAUCGCGACAAGCAGUCCCGAUUCAUGGAGCAAUUUUACACCGCCAUCUACUUUGGCAUUUUCGGGCCAUUCGGGUUAUACGUGAUGAGCAGGACACCGGUCUGGUACUUCAACGUCCCAGGAAUGUAUGAAGGCUUCCCUCACAGAGCCCACGAGGCGAUCUUCAAGGCAUACUAUCUGCUACAAGCGUCUUACUGGGCGCAGCAAGGUCUGGUCCUGGUUCUCGGUUUAGAGAAGCCGCGUAAGGACUUCAAGGAGCUCGUGCUGCAUCACAUCAUUACAUUGUCAUUGAUCGGGCUGAGCUACCGUUUCCACUUUACAUAUAUUGGCGUCGCGGUGUACAUCACUCACGACAUCUCCGACUUCUUCCUCGCUACCUCGAAGCUUCUCAACUACCUUGAUGCCUGGAUUACGCCGCCAUACUUCGUUUCGUUCAUCGCAAUUUGGGCCUAUUUGCGCCAUUACCUUAAUUUGAGAAUUCUGGCUUCGCUGCUACCCGGAGGAGAAUUCCAGACUAUCGGGCCCUACACAUUGAACUGGACGACCCAGCAAUACAAAUGCUGGAUCUCUCAAGCAAUUACUGGUGUUCUUCUUGCCAGUCUGCAGGCUGUCAACCUGUUCUGGUUCUUCCUGAUUUGUCGCAUCUUGAUACGAUUCAUUCGCACUGGCGAAGAGCGAGACGACCGCUCCGAUGUUGAUGAGGACGAGGUCCGGCAAGAAGACGUUGGAGAGACACCAUCGAUGCAAUUGAACGGAGAGCCCAUUGGAGCACCAGGCACAGGCAUUGACGGCAAAGCAAGCGAAGGACUGCGGAGACGGUAGUAAGUGGGAGGAUGAAAAUCAUGUUGUUAUGUCUUGAGCGUUCACGCGGCAUUGGAUGAGCUGGAAAUCGAUAUAAUACAACUUCUAAUUAGCACCUCUCUGCGUUCAGGCUGGGAUCUGAAUACCCUGGAAAGAAUGAGCUCCUCAAUACCACACAUCAGGAUCGUAAACCUAUGUAAAUGCGGAAACUGUUCAUUAACAGUGGCGAAUCGAAUCGGAAGCAUGAAAAACCGAGACAAUUCGGACGUCCAAUCGAGGAGCCCAGGGGUUUCCGCCCUCGACCGUGGUUUCCCACUCUCCG